GUUCAGCUCGAGCGAGCCUGUCAUCAGAGACGUGUCUCAUUUCCCAGCUUCCCCUGCAUUUCCUGCUUUGACUCCACCGCAGAAGCCAAAGCGACAGGAUGAAAACAAAAUGCUAUACCUCAACUUCACUGAUGAGCUGUGAACGGCAUUAUUAACACCGGUUCGCUAAAAGUUUAUCUAAAACAGUUGUAUCUGAGGCGUGUGAUAGUAAUUUAAAUUUAUCAUGCAGUUCUCUCCCACCAACGGAGAUUUCACGUUCGUCUCCUCCACAGACGCGGAAGAGCUCAGUGGCACCAUCAGUGCCCAGGACAUUAAAUUAAACAUGGGCAUGGAGAGCGGUAAAGACCCAUAUGCCACCAUGUUCCUGAAGCAGAGAGGCUACGGCUGGCUGCUGGAGGUGGAGGAGGAUGACAAUGAAGAGAGCAAACCUCUUUUAGAGGAGCUGGACAUCGACCUGAAGGACAUCUAUUAUAAGAUUCGAUGUGUGUUGAUGCCAAUGCCAUCACUGGGUUACAACCGACAGGUGGUCCGAGACAACCCGGAUUUUUGGGGCCCUCUAGCCGUGGUGCUACUCUUCUCCAUGAUCUCCAUCUAUGGACAGUUUAGGGUUGUGUCUUGGAUCAUCACCAUCUGGAUAUUUGGAUCACUAACAAUCUUCCUGCUGGCUCGUGUUCUUGGUGGUGAGGUAUCCUUCGGCCAAGUUCUUGGAGUGAUUGGAUAUUCCCUUCUUCCUCUCAUCGUUAUAGCCCCUCUGCUCGUAGUGAUCAGAUUUGAGUUGGUUUCUACACUAAUCAAACUGUUUGGAGUGUUCUGGGCUGCUUACAGUGCUGCUUCACUGCUUGUUGGAGAUGAAUUUAAAACGAAGAAGCCCCUUCUCAUAUAUCCCAUUUUCCUUUUGUAUAUCUACUUCCUAUCACUAUAUACUGGUGUGUGACUGGAUGAAUUGAAACUGGACCUUUCCAUGGACCCUGACCCUGGAGCAUGGGGUAAAAAAAAAAAAAGUCAAGCUAUGGAAUCAGAAUUUUUAUAAACAGUGUUUAUUUCUUGUUUAAACUCUGUUAGAUGCUGGGGAUGUUGGGAAUAUGUCUUUAGUCAAUAAAGUGCAUAUGGCUUUACAGUUUAAAAUAUGGUAUGCAUACUUUUGUUCACCAGUGCAAUACAGCACCCAUAGUCCAACAUUUACUUUGUAGUUCAUGAAGCAGGAAUAGUCACAGGGUUGUAUACCAAUUUAAUGAUGAUGUUUUUACUCCUUAUCCCACUGAAGAGUGUGGUGCCAAAUAUUUGUGUGUAUAUGUUUUUGUAUGAAGAAAAGAAAAAGACACGGCACCAAACAGAUUGUUGAGCAUAAUGUUCACUGUUAUGAACUAUAUGUACAGAAUUUACAAUGAAAAGUGUUGAUUUAUGCUUUUCAUUUUUCACAGACUUGUUUUCUUAAUUUCAGCAACAGAAGCAGGUUGACUGAGGCUGUUAGUGUGAGAUACAACAGUGCAUUAAAUGUGGUGCCUUGUUUCCCCACCCCUCUAUCCUGUUUGUCAGCUGUUUAAUAGAGAAAUAUAAUCAUUUGAUCAACAAUUUCGGGGGAUGAAUAAAUUAAUAGUUUUUUGUCGCUUGAA